AUGUAUAGAAGAUCGGCCGUAGUAUUAUGCGCCGGGAGAAAUGCAAGAUGGUUUUCUUUAAGUAUCAGUCGUGGAACAAGCGCAACUCCGCCAAUUGGAUCCAAUGAACUGAACACUAACUCAGAUCAUGCCGAUGCUAGAGUAUCAGCGAGAAAUGCAACUGACAUUGAAGGCGUGGUAAGUCAGAUAUCAACUGCUUAUCCAGGGAAGAAACUCAGGAAAAGCAGAAGAAGGAUUACAGAGUUUAAAGAUGCUCUUAACUUAGGCCCAUCUUUUGCGGACUUUGUUUCAGGGAAGGCAUCGGACAUGAUCUUGGAUCCUCUGGAAAAGGCAAGACAGAAUACAGAGGAAGCUAAGAAACUGCCCCGUUGGCUUAAGGUUCCUAUUCCUAAGGGUACUAAUUAUCAUAAAUUGAAGGGUGAUGUGAAAGAGUUAAAACUGAGCACAGUCUGUGAAGAAGCAAGAUGCCCCAAUAUUGGUGAAUGUUGGGGAGGUAAAGAUAAAUCUAAGGCAACGGCGACGAUUAUGCUGCUAGGUGACACCUGUACUCGUGGGUGUAGGUUUUGCUCUGUGAAGACCAAUAGAACGCCCAGUAAGCCAGAUCCAAUGGAGCCCGAGAAUACUGCCGAAGCGAUCAAAAGGUGGGGAUUAGGUUAUGUAGUCCUAACCACCGUUGAUAGAGAUGAUUUGAUUGAUGGUGGUGCUAAUCAUUUGGCCGAGACAGUCCGCAAGAUUAAGCAGAAGGCACCAAAGACACUUGUGGAGACUCUUUCUGGUGAUUUCAGGGGGGAUUUAAAUAUGGUAGACAUUAUGGCACAAAGUGGACUUGAUGUCUACGCACACAAUUUAGAAACAGUUGAAGCGCUAACACCGCAUGUCAGAGACAGAAGAGCUGCAUAUAAACAGUCUCUAAGCGUCUUGAAGAGAGCAAAGACUACGGUUCCGACACUGAUUACUAAAACCUCAAUAAUGCUAGGCUUGGGGGAAACUGAUGAGCAAAUUAUACGGACUUUGAGGGACCUGCGCGAUGUCAAAUGUGACGUUGUUACAUUCGGCCAAUAUAUGAGACCAACAAAGAGGCACAUGAAAGUUGUAGAAUAUGUGAAACCUGAAAAGUUCGACUACUGGAAAGAAAAAGCUUUGGAGAUGGGGUUUUUGUAUUGUGCCUCGGGACCCCUAGUAAGAUCAUCCUAUAAAGCUGGCGAAGCAUUUAUCGAAAACGUUCUAAAAAAGAGAAAUCAUGAAAUAGACGCCCAGUAA